GAGUAAACGUCCUCACUACCCAGAAGCGCCUGCUGCUCCCGCUGAGUGAAGCUCGGGCGAGGAGGAGAGAGAGCAGCUGUCAGAGCGAGGACGGUCCUCUGCCUCACACAGAGUUAACUCACUCUUAUCUCCUACAGCCAUGUCACUGAGAGCUUUUACCGGUUCUGCUCGCGGCCGUCUGUCCGCCGUUACGCUGUUUUUUGGGCUGCUGUUGGCGGGUGAGCUGGAGCCGAGAGAGCUGCCCAGCUGCAAAGAGUCAGAUUACCACUUUGAGUACACAGACUGUGAUGUCCUGGGGUCACGAUGGAGAGUGGCCAUACCCAACAAGCCUGAUACCUGCACAGGCCUGCCUGACCCAGUUAAAGGAACUCACUGUACAUUUUCCUGUAAAGAGGGCGAAUACUUGGACAUGAAGACUCAGGAGUGUCAGAAGUGUGCAGCAGGGACAUAUUCUCUGGGCACAGGUGUGGCCUUCGACGAGUGGGACAGUUUGCCUGCUGGGUUUAUUAGCCAUGGCAUCAACAUGGAUUUAGGAGACAUGUACACAAACUGCACCAAUUCAACCUGGACUCCUAAAGGUGACUACAUAGCCUCCAAUAUGGAUGAAUGCAGCUCCGCACUUUCGUAUGCUGUGAGUCUAAAGCAGCCGGGCUCCGUGUCCUUCCAGUACUUCUAUCCUGAUACCAACAUCUUCUUUGAAUUCUAUGUUCAAAAUGACCAGUGCCAGUCUACUGACUUCCAGAGUCGCUUGAUGAAGAGCUCAGAGAGUGACUGGGACUCUCACAAUGUGCAGCUGAACAGUGGGAAUAAUGUUUUGUUCUGGAGAACCACUGGGUUCUCUUUGUCCAACAAUGCUCCUAAGCCAGUGCUGCUGAAGAACAUUGCUAUCUCAGGGGUUGCAUACACAUCUGAGUGUUUUCACUGUAAGCCUGGCACCUAUAGUGCUGAACCUGGUGCUGCCCGCUGUGCCCCCUGCCCGGCUAACACCUACUCCAACAAGGGAGCAACUGCUUGCCAGGACUGUGAUAAAGAGAAAUAUUCAGGGAUCGGAUCAGGAACAUGUCAGCAGAGGCCACCCUGCACAGCCAAUGACUACUUCUACACUCACACGCCAUGUGACUCCGCAGGACAGACACAGCUGAUGUAUAAGUGGAUUGAGCCGAAGUUCUGCAGUGAGACUGCAGAGGGAGCAGUGGAGCUUCCGGCCUCUGGAGAGAAGCAGACCUGCCCUCCCUGCAAUCCUGGAUUCCUCUCCAGCAACUCCUCUGUCUGCAAACCCUGUACAAAGGGCUCCUACUCCAAUGGAACGGAAUGCUCAAAGUGUCCUGUUGGAACAGAGCCAGUUGUGGGUUUUGAGUAUAAGUGGUGGAACAGGAUGCCUAGCAACAUGAGGAGUUCCGUCUACAGCCGAGAGUACAGUGACAGUCAGAGGAGCACAGGAUGGGAGGUUGCGGGAGAGUACAUUUACACCACACCAGGAGAUCUAGACUCGGACUACAUGAUGCUGACACUUACUGUUCCUGGUUAUAGCUUGGCGUAUUCUGUGGAGAAAAAUAACGAGAGAGCAGAAUUCUCUAAAAUCACAUUUGUAUUUGAGACCAAAUGCACAGCCGACUGCAGACUUUACUUCAUGGCGGGAUUAAAUGAGAGGAACAAUGCCGUAGUGGAGAGUUGGAGUGGCACCAAUGGGAAACAGUCCUACUCUUACCUCAUUAAGAGUAAUUUCACUGUUAGUUUCACAUGGAGCUUUCAGCGCACUGAGGCCUACACCACGGAGAGGCAGUACAGCUCUGACUUUGCUAAAAUCUACUCUGUCCACAUCACUAAUGUGAUUGAUGGGGUGGCCUCAGAGUGUCGACAGUGUGCGCUGGACUCUUCCCAUAAAGACUCGGCCUGUGUGCCCUGCCCUUCUGGUCACUACAUGCUAAAGGGCACAGGGAUGUGCAAGAGCUGCCUGCCAAACACCUUCAUCAGGCCUGAGCAACCACUGGGAGAGGAAGCCUGCAUCCCAUGUGGACCCAAUACCAGCAGCAACAAAGCACGUUCAUCCUGUGUGAGUGACUGCACGCUGGCUGUGCAGUACAAAGGAGAGACUCUGCGGUAUAAUUUUUCUCCUCUGGCCAAUGUCACUCACUUUGAGAGCAGCCCUCGCUUCACCAGUAAAGGCCUUCGCUACAUUCAUCAGUUCAGUGUGGGCCUGUGUGGGACUGAGGGUCGUGCUUUAGCUUCCUGUGUUGACAAUGUGACAGACACUACAAAAGAAGUGAAUGGUUAUGUCUGCCAGUCAAUCAUAAUGCCCUCAGAGGUCAGAGGUCAAAGUGUGGUGUCCUCACAGCCCUUUACUAUUGGAAGUACAUUGAUUGGAGUGACAACUGAGUCCACACUGGAUCACAUCUCAUCUUCUGAGAAUAGCUUCCCUGCUGACUCUUACCUGCCUGAUGUUAUAUUCUACUACAGAGCAAGGGAAACAACACAGGCAUGUAAAAAUGGAAGAUCAGCCUCCAUCAGACUACGAUGUGAUCCUACAGUCACAGCGAUGGAUCAGCUCACUGCACCAAGUAAAUGUUCAGAGGGAACAUGUGACGGCUGCUCUUUUCACUUUCUGUGGCGUUCUCAGCAUGCCUGUCCUCUCUGUUCUGAGAGGAACUAUAAAGAGAUAGUGAGUGCGUGCACUGAGGGAAUUCAGAGGACUACCUAUGUGUGGCAGCAGCCUCUCCGAUGUACAGGUGGAGUUCCUUUGCCAGCUCCAAGGAUCAGUGCCUGUGUCACUUUGGCCUUCUGGCUGAAAUUUGGUGCUUCUAUUGGAACAUUAGCAGCUGUUUUGCUCAUUGCCAUUAGCUGCUACUUCUGGAAACGGACACGCAAGCUGGAGUAUAAGUACUCAAAGCUGAUGAUGAACGCAGGGGAGAAAGAAUGUGAUCUGCCGGCUGCUGACAGCUGUGCCAUUAUGGAGGGAGAGGAUGCAGAGGAUGAUCUCAUUUACCUCACCAAGAAAUCAUUCUUCACUAAGAUUAAGUCCUUUUCCAGAGAGAGAACAUCUGAUGGCUUUGACUCUGUUCCUCUGAAGUCAUCCUCAGGCAUGGAGAUGGAGAUGAACUAGACCAUCAAACCUGCAACCAACAGGAGCUACUCUAAUCAAAUGAGCAGAUUAGGAAAAUCAUUCUAUCAGAGUGUGUUUAGAGGCAAAGGAAGAACCACUCUUAGCUCUGGGAUAGAUACGGCAGUUUUUCCUGUGCAGUGUUGAUUUUCCUGCCAGGAGUGUGGUCAGAUUUUCCAAGUAUGAUGAAGCUCUUGUAUGAGAAAACAGUGGAAAUGAAGUUGUCAUCUGUUUCCAUAGCAAUUUUACAAUUAGGAAUUAAUAAUGAUUAGUGAGCCAUAAUAUACAACCAGUCCAAGCAUUACGUGGUUUAUGCUUCUGUGUAAAUAAACUAGAUGGAAGCUUAGAAUCUCCUGAAAUCUGCACCGCAGACAACCUGUAACUUGAAAAAAUAAGUCUCACACAUGUUUAGUAAACAUUACAGUUGACUUUAAAUCACAUCUGUUGUUUCUUGUUCUAUUUGAGCAAAAUUACUGAGCACAUUCUUGUUCCUUUUUCAAGAAUGUUUUGUUUUGUUAAAAAAUCUUAAUGUGCUUGUACAGUGUGCCUAAAUAUUCAACCCGUCUUGGUUGUUUUCAUUUCAAUGUCAGCAUAGAAGGAUUUGACUUUAUUUUACCUGGUAAUAUUUAUUGACUUUUGCUUGUGUAGAGGAGACUUGGGUGGGCUUGUCCGUAACGAAUGUAAUACGCUAUAUAAAAACUUGCCUUUUGAGUGUGUUGUCAUAAUAAAACUAAAAGCUUGCUUAAACAUCGGCAUUGAUGAAA